AUGUCGCAGGCCGCUCUCAACAAGAUUGCGCCCAACAGCCCGUCGAGGCAAAACCCGUCCGAAAUCGAGACCAGCAUCGCCAAUGCUCUCUACGACCUCGAGACCAACAUCCCAGACAUGCGGGCCUCUUUGAGGCCUCUGCAAUUCGUGUCUGCUCGCGAGAUCGAGGUCGGCCACGGCAGGAAGGCAAUUGUGAUCUUUGUCCCUGUUCCUCUUCUUCAAGGCUGGCACAAGUCCCAGCAGCGCCUCACCCGCGAACUCGAAAAGAAGUUCUCCGACCGCCACGUCCUGAUCAUCGCAUCUCGCCGCAUCCUGCCCCGCCCCAAGCGCUCGAACCGCUCGCGCACCUCCCAGACCCAGAAGCGCCCGCGCUCCCGGACGCUCACCGCUGUCCACGACGCCAUUCUCCACGACUUGGUCUACCCGGUUGAGAUUGUUGGCAAGCGCAUGCGGACGCGUGAGGAUGGCAGCAAGGUGCUGAAGAUUGUUCUCGACGAGAAGGAGAGGGGUGGUGUCGACUAUAGGCUGGAUACCUAUUCGGAGGUGUACAAGCGCCUGACGGGCAAGGGAGUGAACUUUGAGUUCCCGCAGAGCAGUGUGGCUGAUUAUUAG